CUCCGCCAUAGAAACUGCCCAAAAAAAUCUCUUCCCCAAAUCCCCCCGCCGCCGCCCAUUUCCUUCUCCAAUGGCGGCAACUGCUUCAUUCCUCCAGUGGAACCCACUCAAAUGGAAGCAAUUCCCUCCCUCCCUGCCGUCUCCUGCAAUUCGCUCCUUCUCCCGCUCUUUCCCUCUCAGAACCGCUGCGAAACCUGCUUCGAGGCUCACCGUCAGGUGUUCGUUCGUGGCGAAGCAUCUGAACCCCUCGAACGACAUUAAUGCUCCCACUACCUCGGGUUCGAGCUUCGCGGUUGGCGAGACCAAGGAGCAGAAGAAGAACGCGUUCGAGAGACUCUACGACGCAGCCGUCAAGGCUCUGCAGGUGACGAAGAAGCCGGCAAUCGCCGCGAUUCUGGUCGCCGCGCUGUUGAUGUACAACCCCGCCUCCGCAUUCGCUGCCUCGGGUGGGAGGAUAGGCGGCGGAUCCUUCUCCCGCUCCUCUUCCUCGUCGUCGAGGAGUUACUCCGUGCCUCGCGGCUCGAGCUCGGGUUCCUCCUACUCCGCGCCUUACUACGGCCCUUCCCCGUUCGGCGGUGGAGGAAUUUAUGUUGGGCCGGCAGUCGGGGUUGGAGUUGGUGCUGGCUCUGGUUUGUUCUUAAUACUGGCUGGUUUCGCUGCCUUUGUAUUGGUCUCCGGGUUUCUAUCCGAUCGAGACGAAGGGGGAAUUCUGGCAGCUACGGAGAAAACCAGCGUUCUCAAGCUUCAGGUUGGGUUGUUAGGAAUGGCACGCUCGCUUCAGAAGGAUCUUAAUAAGAUUGCAGAAGUUGCAGAUACAUCUUCCUCGCAGGGUCUAAGCUAUGUAUUAACAGAGACUUCACUUUCAUUGCUACGCCAUCCUGAUUAUUGCAUCUCAGCCUAUUCAGCUGUAGAUGUGAAGCGAAGCAUGGAGGAUGGUGAGAAACGGUUCAACCAACUUUCUAUUGAAGAACGGGGAAAGUUCGAUGAAGAGACGCUUGUUAAUGUGAACAGCAUUAAGAGGCAGAGCACCAAAAGCCAGAGAGCAAGCGGCUUUAGCAAUGAAUACAUAGUGAUGACAAUCUUGGUAGCAGCCGAGGGGGUGCACAAGUUACCUGCCAUUAACAGCGUCGGAGAUCUGAAGGAAGCUCUGCAGAAGCUCGGCGCAAUUCCCUCUCGCAGUAUACUCGCAGCUGAGGUGCUGUGGACGCCUCAAAAUGAGAAUGAUACACUAUCAGAACGAGAACUACUCCAAGAUUACUCGCUUCUGAGGCCAUUGUGAGAGAGCUCUAAAUUUACAUAUAAACGCACAAAGCUUUAGUUGUCUUUGACCUCCUAUUGCAAGUGCAGGUUUUUCUGGCUAAAGGCUAUACUGCAUUGUACUGAGACUUGUAAAUAAGGGUGUACUGUUGUCUGUACUGUACAUGAUACGAUACGAAUUUAUUUUUCUAUGGAUAACAUAGAAUUUUACUUUUAUCUUCUAGUUGCAAUUUAUUCUCCAUCUGUUGCUAAUUGUUAGGGGCGGAGCCGGGAUUUAACGAUCGGGAGUCGAAGUUUUCUUAAUAGGAAAUCUUCAAUCUAAGUUUCGCUAAUUGCUCCCUUCGGAAAUCCUCGAUUUGUCUUAGAAGUCAGAACCACCUCCAGCUGCUGAUUCCGGGAGCGUUGUUAGCUAGGUUGAAGAAAUUAAAGCGGUAUCUUUGUCGCAUAACAGCUUCUCCGAUGGAAUCCCGAUAUAGUUCGGUGGUCUCUGCGAAACUUUUUAAGAGCACGACCUCUCUGGGAACAAGCUCACCAGAUUCCCCUUUGUUUUCAAAUCAUGCUCUGUUCUCGAAACUCUCGACCUUGGAAUGAACGAGCUAUCCGGAUGAAACUGCUUUCCAGGGCGCUCUCAUUCUUCCUGUAAUCUUAUUCCUUGAACCUUCCCCAGAAAUCCCAAACCUUCCUUUCUCUAGCAUCAACCAAACAUACCGUCAUUUUCUUUCUAGAAAACUCACUUCCUAGAAAAUAAGAAAACCCCAAAUCCCUCUUCUUGGCAUUCCUUCUGUUUCACUUAGUUACUUGUGAAAGACCCCAAAUCGUUAGCCGCCGAGGUCUUCUACGGGAGGAGACGGAGCUGGCGAGAAGAGUGAGUUUGUUGGGUUCCGUGCUGUGACGGAUUGAGUUGCCACGAUGGAGGUAGCAAGGAGAAGAUUAAUUUUACGUUUUAUUAUUUUAUUUUUAAUAAUUGAAAUAAUGAGGUGAAAAUAUUAAAUUGCCAUGUCACAUAUUUAAUGGUAAACUUUUAGAGUUGGCUGCCACGUCAGAUAAAAUUAACGGAGACUAACGGAGAGUAACCAAAUUUGAACCAUUGAACUAAUUUUAGUGACCAUGAAUGGAAUAAACUAAUUCUAGUGGCAAACGUGAAAAUGUUUAGUAAUUUUAGUGAAGAAACUUGCAAUUUACCCCCCAAAAAAAGUUCAAUGUAAAUAAGAAACUAUAUAAAAUUUAAUAAUACAUACUAAUAUUGUCAUUGUAACUCGGCUUUGAUUUUCAUAACUAAAAAUCAAAUCUAUGCCAAUAUUAGAAUUAAUAAAAUAUUCAUUCGUUUUAUUGUGUAAUCCUUACAAUUGAUGAACUUAAUUGAUAAAAUUUGAAAUUAAGGAAUUUACAAAUCAUGAAAGUUGAAUGAUUAAAUUAAAAAACACAAAAGCUGACAUAGAUGUUAUUAGUCGAUUUUUUUUCGCGCAGGUUUUAUAGCUAUCAAUUUUUCCGGAUCCCAUAAAGGAGCCGAAUGAAACCAAAGUUUCGUGUUCGGUUUUGAAUUAGAGACGUUAAAAAUAAUGAAUCAACGUCGACUAUAACCCCUUUUUAGUCAAAUGAAAACAUAGGGGAAUAAAAUUACAAAUACUGC